AAAACGAAAUUUUAAUAUUGAAAAAUAAAUAACAAGUAUCAGCAACAACAACAACAACAACAACAUUAUCUAUAGUUUGGAUCUAAUAUCGCACACACAUAAACAUUAACCGUUGCCUGGGCCUAGCUUGCUGACUGACUGAAUGACUUGAAUGACUGCUUCAUUAGUUUCGUUUUAUUCGCUUGCCAAUAAUAUAUAAUCGAAUUAUUUCAUCGUUUCUUUUUUUUUGUUAUUGUUAUCGGUCUCACGAUUUUAUUUUUAUUUUUUUUCUCUAGUUACUUUGCAGCAGAUUCUAUCAACACCAUUUUCAUUCAAAAACAUCAAAAACAGAGUAUUGACAAAAAAAUAUAUCAGAAAAAAAGAAAGAGUUGCCAUCGAAGAAAUAUAAUAUAAUAAUAGUGUUGAAUAAAAACGCAAAAAAAAUUUACAUUCGAUUUGACGUAACAGAUUGAUUGUAUGGCGAAAAUUCAUGCUGUUUUUCUGCCGACAGCGAAGUAAAUAUUAAAAAAAAUAUUCACGAUCAAUUCUUUUUGAGCCGACAUCAGCAAAGAAUACUUGAGGAAUAUAAAAUGGAAUCUGAAAUCGAGACCAAUAGCUACGAACCGAAUCGUAUUAUUAUAGAAUUCGAAAAACGUGCCAAAGAAAAUGAAAUGAAUGGAAAGAAUAUGAUACCAUCAAAAACUACUCGUUUGAUCGAAAAAUUCGAGAAAAAAGCACAAGGCAUUGAUGGUGAUGGACGUCGAGGUUCUGUAUCAAAUGGCCAAUCAAUGGUGAAUAAUAUGAAAAAAGUUUUCGAACCAAAUAGCGGACAAACAGAUGAUGAUGAUACACCAGAUCGAGUGAUACCAUCGGGCAGUACGAAUAAAUUGAUUGGAAUGUUUCAACCUACAACAUCAACCUCUGAUCAACAACAACAACAACAACAGUAAUCAUCACCAUGGCCAUCAUCAUUGGCUUGAUUAUGACGCCCUCAUAAUUUUCACAGUUGAUCGUCACCAUCAUUAUCUAUAAUCAUAAUCAUAAAUGUUAAGGUAUUACACAAAAAAAAAUCUUACAAAUCACCAGCAAGACAGUUGUUACCAUAAUCGCCAUCAUUUUGUUUGCGAUGACUAUUCAUGAUGAUCAUUAUAAUCGAUUUGUUCAUAUUUGGAAUAUUUUAACAUCUGAACACCAGACAAACAUUUCAAAUAUCAUAGCCAUCUCCUGUUAUGUCAUAUUCUUUUUCUCAUUUUGUUUAUUAUCAUUCAUAUCGCAAUCAUAUUUGCUUUAAAAUAUUUUCCUUGCUUUUCUGAAUGUUUUUUUUUCAUUGGAAUUUUUUUCUCAUCAUACUUUUCUUUACCAUGUCAAUAAUUCUAUUCUUUUGUUUCCAAAUUAUAUACACCAUACCACACACACACACACACACACACAUGAAAACACAGAGAAUUUAUUUUCGAUUAUAAAAAUUGUAAAAUUUUCGUUUUUUUCUUUUUAUUCUUAAUGUUUACCAAAGAGUUCGUUCAAAUACAAAAAAGAAAUCAAAAUAAUGCAACAUCAACCAAAAAUAGUAUUUUUCUCUCUCUCUCUCUCUCUCGCUUUUAAAUGUUUGUCAUUCAUCAUGUAUGUUCAAAUUUGUUUUCUUGUCCUUUAUUCUAAAUGUUAUUCUAUUUUACCUUAUUGUAUUUGGAACAUAAUAAUAAUAAUAAUAAUGAUGA